AUGAAGAAUGACGACUACAUUUUACGUUUGAGAAUUUCAAUCUGGGUCGUAGCGACGGUUGUUUUGCUAAGCAUAAAAACUGUCCUUGCAGCACCAGCUCGAAACCUGAACUCGGAUCUUAUCUACUACGAUAAUACCCGUGACGAAAGUGGGUACAGCUUUGCCUACAAGACUAACGAUGGCCAGUUCCGGGAGGAGCAGGGAUACAUUGAUCCUGAAUCGGGCAUCUUAAGAGUGACUGGCGUGUAUCGUUAUGAGGGAGCUGACGGUAAGACGUAUGAGUACAAUUACGAGGCAGACGAGAAUGGAUAUCGCAUCGUGGAUAAGCCUCCUCCUGCUGGAGCUCCAAUUUCCAACACGGUGUUGCUUUCCCUCGUUGGUUGA